AUGUGGGGUAAAUUUACCCUUUCUGAGAAGGAGGACGUGGAAGUGCAAAUAGGGGAGGAAAGUGCAGAUCCACUAGCCAACAGGGGUCAAUUCUGUCUGGUUGGUAAAUUGCUGGCUGAUCGAGUGGUGCCGAAGGAGCUUAUUCGGGUCCAUAUGCUGCGUCCAUGGAAGAUACUGGGAUCGGUUUCGUUCAAGGUGCUUGGAGAAAAUCUGUUUCUGAUACAAUUUGAACAGGAGUGGGAAAAACUCCAUGUUAUGGAAGGGAGACCAUGGUUAUUCGAUGGGAACCUUGUGGCCAUUGCAGAAUUUGAUGGGUUUACACCCCCUACUCAGAUGGUUUUUCAGAAGGCUACAUUUUGGGUUAGGAUGUAUAAUCUCCCACUGGCUUGCAUAGGAUCGACAAUAGGGCAUCAAAUUGGUGCCACGGUUGGAACGGUGGAAGAAGUUGAAGUCAGUGAAGGGGGAGGAAGCAUGGGGGGAGUACCUCCAGGUUCAUAUUGUCAUUGA